CUCACUCACUCACUAUGGGCGUCUCCAGCUUCGGCAACAAGAUAAGAUAGCUCACAGGAGCAUGAACUACCACGGGGCAAUGGGAGGGCGCUGCUUCCUGAACCUCCUCCCCUGCUCCACGACCCCCUGCAAAGCCGGCGUCGGCAUCGGCACGCCCGCUUCGUCGUCAUGCCCCAACUCCGUCCACCACCACCGCACCCGAUCAGCGCGCGGCCCGAGGAGAAACGCGGCCGCCAGGGUGUCCUGCUCCGCCGCAGCCGCGCAGGCGCCGCCGUCGCAGAGCACCAUCAAGGUGGUCAUCGUCGGCGCGACCAAGGAGAUGGGGAGGGCGGCGAUCGCGGCGGUGAGCAGGGCGCGGGGGAUGGAGCUGGCGGGCGCCAUUGACACCCAGUGCAUUGGGAUGGAUGCAGGAGAGUUAAGUGGCAUGGACGAAGCCCUGGAGAUCCCGGUGCUCAACGAUCUCACCAUGGUUCUCGGCUCCAUAGCACAGACGAGAGCGACUGGUGUGGUUGUUGACUUCAGUGAACCUUCAUCCGUCUACGACAAUGUCAAGCAGGCAGCAGCAUUUGGCUUAAGCAGUGUCGUAUACGUUCCGAAAAUCGAGAUGGAUACAGUAACCGAACUGUCAGCAUUCUGCGACAAGGCAAGCAUGGGUUGCUUGGUCGCACCGACACUGUCGAUCGGCUCGGUGCUCCUUCAGCAAGCUGCAAUCCAGGCCUCAUUCCACUACAACAACGUCGAGAUAGUGGAAUCAAGACCUAACCCAUCGGACUUGCCAUCGCCAGAUGCAAUACAGAUUGCGAAUAACAUAUCUGAUCUUGGUCAGAUCUACAACAGACAAGAUAUGGAUUCCGAUAACCCAGCAAGAGGCCAGGUACUUGGAGAAGAUGGGGUGCGUGUGCACAGCAUGGUUCUUCCAGGGCUUGCCUCAAGCACGUCGGUCGUUUUGUCGGGCCCCGGAGAGGUUUACACCUUGAAGCAUGAUGUUACAGAUGUCCAGAGCCUAAUGCCAGGGCUGAUUCUGGCAAUACGGAAGGUGAUACGCCUGAAGAACUUGAUUUAUGGUCUGGAGAAAUUCUUGUAGCAUAUGAAAAGAAGUAAAAGUUUUUUUUUCGAGGAGGAGAACUACAGCAUUUGAUCUUCCAGCUGUUCACGAUUCAAUAAGCAAGGCGGAUUAAAUGGGAAUAAAUCAAUUCCUUGGCUCAUAGUCAGAAGCACUGCCACUGGCAAGGCGGAUUCGAGAACCCACAAUUUUGAGAAGAAUGUCUCCAGACAAUAAGCAAGCUCAUGACAUGGUCUCAGGGGUCGUACCUGAUGGCUUGCUAUACUUCUAGAGGUUGUCCAGAACCAUACUCUUGGAGAAAAGUUAUACUGGCGCAGGUCCUUUCUGGUGUACUCUUUAACCUGGUACUCUAUGUCUACAACUCUGAAAGCACUGCGGGAUUGCUAUACAGAAAUCGCUAUCGACAAGCAGCAGCUGUCAUGAAAAAAUCACGAGUCUUGUAACCACAAACAUCAAUUUCGAUAUUCAUAGCAGCAUCAGCAAUGCAGGAUAUAUCCUCAA